GUAAAUACCACUGUCCAGUGCUGUUCACUGUAUUCACCAAUAACUCCCAUAUUGUGGCCAUCAAGACAACUGGAAAUGUGUUUGCCUAUGAGGCAGUUGAGCAGCUGAACAUAAAACCGAAGAGCUACAAGGAUCUUUUGACAGAUGAGCCCUUCACUAGGCAAGACAUUGUGACACUGCAGGAUCCAACAAACCUGGAUAAGUUCAAUGUCUCCAACUUCUUUCAUGUUAAGAAUAACAUAAAAGUAAUUGAUCCAGAUGAAGAAAAAGCAAAAUUAGAUCCAUCUUACUAUUUGAAAAACACAAAUACAGAGACCCGAGAGACUUUACUGGAGCUUUAUAAGGAAUUCAAAGGUGAUGAUAUUCUAGCAGCUACUAUGAAGGCUCCUGAAAAGAAGAAGGUGGAUAAGCUGAAUGCUGCUCACUAUUCCACAGGAGCAGUAAGUGCUUCCUUCACCUCCACUGCAAUGGUGCCUGAAACUACCCACGAAGCAGCUGCUAUUGAAGAAGAUGUUGUGAGAUACAAAUACGUGAAGAAGAAGGGCUAUGUACGACUUCACACUAACAAAGGAGACCUAAACUUGGAGCUGCACUGUGAUAUGACACCCCGAACAUGUGAAAACUUUAUCAAAUUGUGCAAGAAGAACUAUUAUGAUGGAACAAUUUUUCACAGAUCAAUUCGUAACUUUGUGAUCCAAGGAGGUGAUCCAACAGGAACAGGAACUGGAGGAGAAUCUUACUGGGGAAAACCUUUCAAAGAUGAAUUUAAGCCAAAUUUGUCCCACACGGGCCGUGGCGUCCUUAGUAUGGCCAAUUCGGGACCCAACACAAACAAAUCACAGUUCUUCAUCACAUUCCGCUCUUGUGCAUAUCUGGACAAGAAGCACACAGUUUUUGGAAGGGUGGUUGGUGGCUUUGAGACUCUGACUGCUAUGGAGAAUGUGGAAAGUGACCCAAAAACAGACCGUCCCAAGGAGGAAAUACGAAUUCAGUCAACAACUGUUUUUGUUGACCCAUAUGAAGAGGCAGAUGCCCAGGUUGCUGCAGAAAGAGAGAAGGUCAAGCUAGAAGAAGAAGCAGCCAAAACAAAAGCUGAAGUGGUCCCACCAAAGAAAGAAGUUGAGACUCCUAAAACGUACCGGCAGGGAAUUGGAAAAUAUAUUAACAUGGCUGCAGCGAAGCGCAGCGCAGAGGAUGACGGGCCCUCAACCAGCACAGCUGUGAAGAAGGAGAAGAGGAGCUCAGGCUUCGGGGACUUCAGCUCCUGGUAGCAGCGCGGCGAGACUAGCACUGGAGCAGCACAGCAGAGGGAGAGAACGCGGCCUCCCACGUGUCCCUGCAGAGCCCGAAAGACAGUCUGUCCUGG